AUGGCGUCGUUUGUUUCCAUCGCUCUGGUCAUGCUGUUGAUUGUCAGCAUCCGUGCCCAGGGAUACGGUCAAGCACAGCUGCACAUCAAUGGUGCGAUUACAUGCCAAGGUUCAGCAGAAGGCUGCAAUAAUUUUGGAACUCCAAGCAACCCGGCAUUGUCCUGCCAACAUGUCAAGGAUAUGUGCCGUGAAGCAGCCAGUGGCUUCUACUACAUCGAGAGCGCUGGGCUCUAUCGAAAGGUGUUUUGUGAGAUGGACAUUGAGGGCGGUGGGUGGGCCCGCUACGGCAGGUCCAACAAAGGAACCGUCUGGAACUAUGUUGACGAAGACGCCACCGAAAUCACUCUCGACAUCAUCUCCCCUUCCGAAGUCAAAGAGAUGAUUGAUCUCAAAUACAAUCAUUUCCUGGUCCAAACUGACGUUGUCUUCAAAAUGCAGGCAGAUGACAGCGUUAACCCAUCGCGUCUCACUACACGAUCCCUUCCUUGGCUUGUGGAUACACCUCUGUUCAUUCCUAAUCACGGCAACGACCAUACCCGCAUUGAAUUUCCGUCUGGCAGUGUUGAUCGAGUGACCUGCAUUCCAGGGGGUACAAGCGAAUGCGGACAAGGGGGAGGGCUACCACCUGCCAAUGGGGUUUCCAAGCCCUUCUUCUUCCAGUCGCUCUUCUUCUCGCCCCGGGGAUCAGGGGCAAGCUUGUCUAGUGAUCAGUGGUUCCGCAACAAGUACACUUGGAACGGAAGCUACUAUUAUGUUUAUGCCAAGUAAUGAUUUGGUCGAUAGAGUAAAACAUGAAACCUUGUUCUAGAUAAGAAGUAGUAUAAAUUUAUCACGGUUUCUUUUUUACAUACUGUGUAUUAGUAUAGUAUUGAUGACUGCUUUGAAGCCUCGGGCAAUAGCUUGAUUGUAACCUUCCCAAGAGCGUAUAAAACAACUAUGUCUCAAAAAUUAAGAAGUCAUUAAUACUUUUAUAUACCGAAAAAGGUCAUAGAAUACAUGUGCGACUUACCAAUCAUGAUAAUCAAGUUUGUUUACGCUAUCGAGACAGCAGACUAAUUGACUAAGCAGUGUUAGGCACAAGGCACAUACAAAUACGUGUGUGGGACUAUGAACGGGCUGGAUUUUUUUGUGUUACUGAAAUCUGCUCAGAAUUCAAGUAUUUAAUCUAUUAAAUGACUAUAACAGACAAGAAACAAGUCUAGACCUGGAUCUACGGCUGAUAAUAAGACCAAUUCAUUCACGUAGGGCCUACCCUUUUGGUGUUCUUGCUGUCUAGCGACCAAUUCUUCGCA